CGCGCGUGUGUGUGUGUGAGAGAGAGAGAGAGUGUGUGUGUGGGGAGAGAGAGAGAGGAGACUCUAAAGGAAGGAAAACAGUUUUCUUCAGCUCUGCAGCCUUGACAAGAGAGCACACACUACUGAGUACAGAAUGUUAAUGCUUGACGGGAUGCCGGCAGUCAGAGUCAAAACAGAGCUGUUGGAGUCUGAGCAAGGGUCUCCAAAAGUUCACAAGUACCCAGACAUGGAAGCAGUGCCCCUUUUGCUAAGCAAAGUGAAGGCAGAGCCUCCAGAGGACUUGCUCUCAACUGACCAGUUCCAAACACAGACUGAGCCUGUGGACUUGUCUAUAAACAAAGCCAGAAUCUCUCCUACAGCUGUGUCAUCAUCAUCACAGUCCUCGCCUCCUUCUGUGGCCACAUCAGCCUUCUCGCCAUCUUCAUCAUCAACCUCUCCUCCCACAGUCAUCACCUCUGUGUCUUCGUCAUCCUCAUCAACAGGCAUGCCCACAGUGCUAACACCAGGACCGCUUGUGGCAUCCCCUCCUGGAGUUCGGGGCCAGCCAUUUUUGCACAUUAUCCAUCCAGUGCCACCUUCCAGCCCAAUAAACCUCCAGACUAAUAAAAUGCCAAGUCAUGUACACCGUAUACCAGUGGUAGUCCAGUCUCUUGUGUACACAGCUGUGAGAUCCCAGGGAAAUCUAAACUCCACUAUUAUGCUGCCCCUAAUGGAAGAAGGCAGAAACCAGGUUAAAGCACAAAUAGAAUCUAAUGACUUGUCGCCAAGACAAAUCAAAAGUGACAGCGAUGAUGACGACCUACCAAACGUGACCUUGGACAGUGUUAACGAAACUGGAUCUACUGCACUUUCUAUAGCAAGAGCUGUACAAGAUUCCAUUUCUCCAUUCAGUAUUGAGAGCACAAGACGGCAGCGAAGGUCCGAGUCACCUGACUCUAAGAAGCGGCGCAUACACCGAUGUGACUUUGAAGGAUGCAAUAAGGUGUACACAAAGAGCUCCCAUCUGAAAGCACAUCGCAGAACGCACACAGGUGAAAAGCCAUACAAGUGCACCUGGGAGGGCUGCACGUGGAAAUUUGCACGUUCAGAUGAGUUGACAAGACAUUACCGCAAGCACACAGGAGUGAAACCCUUCAAAUGUGCAGACUGUGAUCGGAGCUUUUCCCGUUCAGACCACCUGGCCCUUCAUCGCCGCCGACAUAUGUUAGUGUGAGCAAUUUGUGGCUUCUAUAAACACUGUAAGAGCAGGAUCUCUUAUAAUCAGAGUUCAGCUGGGCUGAAACAACCCCAUUUCAUCCCACCCCAGAAUGUUAAAGAUGACAAAUAUUACAUGCACAACUACAUGUCUACAAGCAGGAAGGACACAUCAAAUGAAGAGAGAAGAAAGCAAAAAGAAAAAAAGAAAAUGUAAUGAAACAAUGCUUUCUGGCCCAGGGCCUCAUUGUCCUUUUGCUAUUAAGCAUAAUCUAAUUUCAUUUUUAUUUCUGCACAUUCUGUCUUGUAAUAGACAAAAAUUAUAAUCAUAAUUUCUGAUUUUUUUUUUUUAAAUGAUUUCUAAGGUUGCAUUGGUGCAACAGCAAUGUGAAAGAACCAAGACAUCUACAGAAGGGGCAGGCCAUGAACUAUAGAGACUACCAGUGCCCUGGGCCCUGAUUUAUAUGUUUGGAGACGGCAAAUUAAUUUAUCAAACAGUAUUUUAAAUGCUUUCAGUACCACAAUUUCUGGUUUGCUCUUCAAAGAAACUCCCUUGUGGUGUUUGUUUUUGGAAUUUUGCAAUAAUGGAAGUGGCAUUGUGACAAAGACAAAUGAAUUGCUCACCCAGGAUUUUGUAGAGCUGAGGACCAGAGCUGGAAAGGCAAAGGAAUUAACAUCCUGUCUGCUUAUGCCUUUUGGUUCCUUUAUAAAGUAAAUGGUGUGUUUACUGAAGUGCAGUAUUUGUUGUGUGGGAAUCCUUUCUGUUCACAGAGGGCGGGGUUAAGUGCUAAGGCUGAACCUGGAGAGUAUUUAGGGCUAUUUUAUGUAUUGGCAGAGCUUUUUCAACCUUCCACAGAGAUACAAUAGCUGUUUUGCUUCAAUGGGUCUGAAAAGCACAUAAACCUUUUUAAAUGGACAACCCCAACAAAUCUCUGUGUGUGUUAACAUGGAGGAGGGAGUGGGAGACACUUGCACAGUAGCAGUGUUUACGUUCAACUCACAAAGCAACAUUUUGUAUGCGUGACUCUUUCUUUUUUUUUUUCUUUCUUUAAUGUUUCUGACUUAUAAAAAGUGCACUAGAUGCAUUCUUGGCUGUGAUAAGCAAUCAGUAAAAUGCAAUCUCAUUUUAAUAAGAUCAAAGAACCUUUUAACUGCAUAUAGGGCUUUAUCAUUUUAGGGUUUUUUUUAUUUCUGCAUAUAAAGAAUUUUUAAACAGAAAGCCGCCAACACCCUAUUUUAAAGAUAGCAAUAAAAAUAUUCAUUUAAAAAAUAACACUUGUCAUUUUUAUAGCACAAUUUGUAAGAAUGCGACAUUUAAAUCUAGUUAUGGGAUAGUUCUCUUAAACUCUUGGAAGUUUAAAGAAAACUAUUAGUUUGAACUUUGUAAUCAAGGGGAUUGUAAUUUUCUAUUUCAGUAUCACAAUAGGAAAGCAAUACUUUGUAAAAUGGUUAGCGGAUUUGGUAAGAGGAAUAACAUGCCAGCUAUGGACAGAACAAACCUCCUUGUGGAAUUUAUUUCUGUAAAUUACUUUUUUUUUCUGCAGCCUAAUUUGAUGCAUUUAAUUCACUUUCAUCUCCUUUUAAUUUUGCACACUGAUUAAAAAGUUGUAUGUGUUACAUUUUUUUAAUUUGUAUAAAAUUUAAGAUCAUUAAAGAAAGUCAAAAUGUGAUCAUUUGUAUUCUAAAGGAACAAAUUUCAACAGGAAAUAGUGGACACUUACAUAAAGCAGAGAUAAGAGCAGACACAAAUAUUGUGACGAUUUAGAGUGAUAUUUAACAGGGUUAUGCUGUGUCACGUCUCUCUGUGCGAGAUCCCCAUACCUGGAGAUUUAACACAUUUUCCCUAAAUUGUCAUGUCACAGAAAUGUGUGUACUUGGUGCACAGCUGACUCUAGGCUGGCCUGGUCUGAGUAUGUUCAUGAUUGUGUUCUGCAUCCCAUCCAGAGCAGUUCCUAAUGUAUGCAGACCGAGAUACAACAAAAUGCUUGAAGCUUUAUGAGGAUUCCCAGCCAUUUCUGAUGACUUUGAUUUGUAUACAGCAUGAAAGUAAAAAGAGUCCUACACACCCAUUGGGGGUAGCUGAUUUUUAUCUUUACGUAGUUUUAUCUCCAUGUUUUAAGCCUAAUCUAAGAGAACAAUAUUUAAUAUAAUUAACUAAAAAACCUUUAGAAUGACUUGCAGGUAGAAGGGGAAGGAUAUCUAGAUUAAUGUCCCUCCUCAGCACGUAUUAGCAUUCCAUCAUCUUUGACUACAGGGUAUAGACGCAGCCUCAUGGACACUUCCAUGCGAGUAGUGCCACACUGUGAGCUCGUUACGGUUGCUGUUCCAGUGCCUAAAUUUUCAUAUGUGUUACAAAUGAAGCCAGUACAUACUGGGGAGCUGGACAUUAUUAUUAUUUUAAAGCUAAGUUUGUUGUAAACAUCCCAUAGUUCAGUUUAUGCUGGGCAGAAAGAAAUAUGAAUUCCUUAUUGUGUAAAUCACCUGAAGGGACAUAAUUAUCAAAAAUCUGAAACCCAGUACCUGAGUAAUUAUAAACAAAAUUACAUAAAAUAUACAGCUCUGCACUGGCCAUACCAGGAUGGCUUAUGUUUUUUUAUAGUCUCUUUGACAAAAUUUGGUUUGGGUUUUGGAUUUCAUUGUUGUGAAACAGAAAGGGAUCGCACCCUCUACCUGUGCAUGUCAUUAAUGCUAAGCUAUUGCUGUAUGCUGUAGACAAAUGUGGCAGUUACAAAGAGUGGUUUCUGCUUUAAAAAAAAGUUGGUGAAAACUUGAGGUGAUGAGCACUUUGUUAGAAUGAAUUGUGUUUUUUAGCAAUACAGAUUGAGGGAAGUCAUCUUCCUUAAUCUACAUAAAUAUGCAGGAGAAAGUGAAGACAGACUCUGCUACGUAAGUGACAGCUUAAUCAUACCCCUGGAAAGUUUGCUUUUUUUCAGUAAUCAGUGUUUUUCUGCAUUAGUAAUAUGUUGAGUCACAGAACUAGCAUUAAACGUUCUCUACAUGCACUAUUUGACCACCUGUUAAGUGAUGCACAGGCUAUGACAUCUCAUUCUGUUCUUCUCACUGCCCGCAUAGAUCCAGAAUAAUGUUUUCUUCAUAAAGGACAACGACUCAAAAUCCACCUUUAGGAAGUUUAUUUAACUCUUUUGUGAGGAACACAUGGUCAUAGCGAAAAAGAGAGGGCAGAAUGGAGCCAAAGUGGGAAAUAUCCUUCCCCUUGUCCUGUCAGAACAAUAAGCAAAUACCUAUUGUCACAAUACAACAAAUGCUUGCUUUCAUGUAACUGUUUUGGGUUUAAAGUGCAUCAGUUAGCUGCAGUUGUCCCCAAAGGAAGCCAAACAAUUUGAAUUUAUAGCUUCUUUAUAUCAAAUGUUUUGAGUUGCAUGCCUCUUAGUUAAGGCUGCAGCUGUUAGAUAAACCUGUGCAUGUCUAUCUUUGUAACUUUCUGUGCAAGGUCACCAUUGAGCAAACUACGCCAUAGGAAAAGUGCAACAAACCUUAACAAAAAUGCCCUGUGCUGAUGAUUAUGUCCCAGGUCAUGUUUAUGUUUGCUUUAUUCUAUUAUUCACUUAAGAAAUUGAGUGCAAAAUGUGAAUUAUCAGCAUCUGCCUGACCAGAAUCGCUUAGCGUAGGUGAGAAAUGAAGAAAGCACAAAGGCUGUGCACAUCUAAUAGCUGCUCAGCCUUUUGAAAAAAAUAGUUUCAAUUGAGAGUUAAACUUGUGCACCUAGUGUACUUGCAUUAGAAACAAACAAGGGCACUUCUCUAUGGUAUAUAUUUUUUUACUUCAGUAUUAGUUAAGAGGCAGAGAUUUGCAGAAGCACAUGGAAGUCAGUAUUUUAAUUGUGUUGCUUUCUUUCUAGUAACAAAAAGGAAAAUUUGCAUAAGCACAGCAAUCUUGCCGACGGCAAUUUCAUGUCAGUGUAAGCAAGUCAAAUUCUGGUAGGUGUAAAUACACCGACUUGACGAGUUUUGACUUUUGCGGCAUAGUGAAUUCCAGAAAUCCUCACAACCUGUCCAACCAUAAAGGUUAAAAUGCUGGGCGUCAUCA